AUGUAACCGUAUAUCAGAAAUGGCACUAUUGACACGUUGUAUAUUAGCCAGUACAUUUAAUGAUUAAACACUUCAACUAAAUUACCAAUCAUUGAUUCUUUUAACAAUCCUAUUUACAGUAAAAACAUUUCUUGUGAGAAUGCUUGUGUUUCGAGUCAUUUGCCCAUCCUGUCAUGGCAGUUAUAAUGUGCCUGAGGCAGACAUGUCUCACAUUUUAAGGUUAAUGAAUAAUCAAUUAAUGGAUAGUUAAAUUAAACAACGAUUGAUCAGGGAAAUGUGUGGAAAUGGACGUCCCCAAUGUCAGUGUAUCGUCAGGGAUCCUUAGGUAUUGAUUUUGUUUUGUCCUAUAUGUCGUUUUGACUCUUAAAGCAGCAGUAGACUUCUGAAUCACCAAAGACGACACUUUCAUUUUAUUUUACUUAACAUCCUAAGUAAAACAUUAAAGUAAACUGUGAACUACCCCUUAAUUAAAGUGCACACAGGCUGCAUACUCCAAACUUAACAGCACGUCAAGCCUUUUUUCUACGCCAGUCAAGACAUUAUAAGGCAACAAUGUUUACCUUGUCGAACUUCCAGUUAAAACUACAAACAUAUAGUCAAGCAACAGUUUGCUCAUAAUCGAAGGGACGCUGGAUUUCAUUUGACAGAGAAUCUCCCGCGCUCUGCAUGCUAAUGAGCGCGCGCGUAAUUGCGCAGAUCAGUCAAUAGAUGGCAGAGCGAGGUCACUGAUUAGUAUGCAGGCCAUUCCCAGAGGAGAAGAGCACUGAAUUCAUCAGCCCUGUCCUUCAUUCCUCCUUAUUUCAAUAAAUCGCCUUGUUUUUGACAGUCAAUCAGCCACACUUAUGAGCGCCCGUGUAAACAUGAAGACAGCCAGGCAAUAUGUAGUUAAAAUAGAUUAACGUACAAGUUGAGAUUCAGAAAGAACGACUAGAACACGUAAAAAGCCAAGCCGUCUGAUUUAUAUUGUCUGACAAUUUUUCCUGUGUGGGAAAUUAACUUUUUUUUCUUAUCACUGAACAGUCGCCCCCUGAAAUUGAAUUUCUGAAGCAUUUCUUUUCAUCAUUCACCCUUUAUGAGGGCAUUUUUUUAAACCACACGAAACAGUGUGUCGUCUAUUUGUCAUGAAAGCAAUUAAUCGAAAUAAAUUGUCGAGUAUUACAAUGACAAAGGGAAAAACGCUCGGAUACAAUGUGUUUCACACGAACAGUCGAAGUUUGUUAGAUUAUACAGUUGUUCACAAUCAGAAUAUCUGAUUAUAUACACUAUUCGAAAUCAAAACAGUGCUGUAUAGAACGCUAUACAUUGUACAUAAUCAAACAUUUACCUCAGGGGCAUUUCCCAUCCUCAAAACAGCCACAACCACACAAUCAUUUUAACCCAGAAACCCAGAUAUAUGUUAUAUCCGUGCUGAUAUCUCACAAUCCACAAGUUUUAAACUUCAAUAGUCUUCCAUUCCUUCUAAAGGCGUGACGCGCAGAUGACAUCACGAGCACAGCUCGCGCUCACGGAGCUCGCGAUCGAACAGAACAAGUGAGCGAGCAGGAGGAAUCAGCUGCACAUCACGAGCACAAUAACAUACCUGUACACACACUCUCACACACACACUCACAGCUCUCCCGAGCACUUGAAGAGGACCGUAGAUUGAGAUUCCCAUCUGACGCGCCUCGGCAGACCGCCUCGCAAAGUGAAAGAGAUUUUAUGCGAAAGUUUCCAGGAUUGGUUUAACCUCCCGCGGACACGAGCGGAAUGAGCGACUUUACGAUGAUAAACUGUUGCCUGGUUCUGGCCGCGUGUCUUCUGUCCAGCCAAGCGGUCUGGAGUCAGCGUGUUCGGGUGGAGUAUGAGGUCACGGCGUAUCCGAAUGGGUCCGUCAACCUGCGCUGUGAGUUCACCAACAGCGGGACCACCAAACUCACACAGGUCUCGUGGAUGUUUGAACGUGCGGAAAACGAUCGGCAGAACAUUGCUGUAUUCCACCCACAAUACGGAGCCAGUUUCCCUAAUAAAGACUUCGAGGGCCGAGUUAAGUUCACACAGGGCUCCCUGGAGAACCCGUCCAUUAGGAUCGACAAACUGAGGAUGGCUGAUGCUGGCAGGUACAUCUGCGAAUACGCCACUUACCCCAGCGGAAACGAGCAGGGAACGACCACUCUUAUCAUGCUGGCGAAACCUAAAAACUCGGCCACCGCCAUCCCAGUGAGAGCAGGCACUUCUGAAGUUGUGGUUGCGACUUGUGCAGCAGCGCAAGGAAAACCAGAGGCAACAAUCUCCUGGAUUACGACUAUCACUGGCCGCUAUAACCACACUUCAGUGCCCGAGAGCGACGGUACGGUCACCGUGAAGAGCGAAUAUCGGAUGAUUCCAACACCUGUGGAGAAUGGGAAGGAGAUCACCUGUGUGGUGAAUCAGAGGACGCAGAUGGAAGACAAAGUUUUCAACCUGAAGCUGGUGGUGGAGUACCCACCCACUGUGACAAUAGACGGAUAUGACAAUAACUGGUACAUGGGUCGGACUGAUGUCUAUUUGACCUGUGAAGCUGAUGCCAACCCGGAACCCAGCGAGAUUUCCUGGACAGUUGCGACAGGUCAGAUGCCUUCUUCUGUACGAGUGGAGGAAAACCGGCUGCUGGUGAGGAAGGUAGACGAAACGGUCAACACCACUUUUGUGUGCGAGGUGAAGAACCGUCUGGGAACGGGGAAGAAAGAGCUGGUCGCUUUGGUCAUCGAGUCGACUGAAGACCCGUCCAGUGCAGGCGUGGUGGCGGGAGCAAUCCUGGGGAGCUUCUUGGCCCUCGUUUUGGUCGGCGCGUUGGUCACCGUCUUAAUCAUGCGAAGUCGUCGUCAGCAGCAUGGAUAUUCUGCUGAUGGUGAACAGAGCGUUUACGGCAACAAAACCCGCCUUUUCGGAGGCAAGAAGUCUAGCAAGAAUGGAGCAGGGGCCAACAACAACGGACCAAUCUAUACCUAUCGGGAAAGUGAUCCCGGAGCCUUGACGGAGAAAUGCAACGAGUUCCCGCACAUGACCUCCAGCACACCAACUGCUCACGACAUCCUGCUGAGUGGAGACCUCAACGAGGCUGAACGCCGGAAGUUUGAGGCCAUGAAUGAUAGUCUGGAGGACGAAGAAGAAGAUGAGAGGUACGACCGUUUCAGCGGACUUCCACCAAGCUACCAAAUCCACCGGCACGAGGAUGAGUGUGCACCUUACCUGGAUGACGACAUGGAGUCUCAGCGAGAUGGGUCGAUCAUCUCCCGGACUGCCAUCUACGUCUAGAGGACUAGAGACAUCUACGCCGGACUCAUAGUUACUUGAUCUUUUAAAGCAAAGACUGAAACGUGCCACCCGAGGAGCGAAAGCAGAACGAUUAACGUCAAAUCUUUGGACAAAAGCACUCAUUAUCAAGCAGAAAACUCAACUAGCUGCUCACCUCACAAUGCUCACUUUUAAUGCAAAACACUGACUGAAAAUAAGAGGUUGCAUCGAUUGUCGUGUGAUCUGUUGUUAACACCCAGAAUUCAUAUUUCAUUCACUCCCAUGCGCUCAAUUCUCAAGCAGGCCCUUUGAAGUGCACAGAAAGCCUUGUGAUUACCCAUACAAGGGUUGUCAAUGCUACUUUCGCGCGAGUGGCUCAGCAAGCUGUGACCCAGAAGCUGAGGCUGCUAUCGCCAGGUUGCAUACUGCGUCUUUUAUCGAAUGUCGUUUUCAAGAACAGCUGGAUGUUUUGUUUGCAAAACCGAAAACAGCAAACGCAACCAUCGUUCCAGCAUCUGGGUCACUCAUCUGUGCCGCCGAUCAACUCCAGCUGGGAACGCUUUUAACUUUCCCCCCACCAUUUUUUUUUUAGCUCUCGUUCAUUAAUCGGUUGUCUUGUUACACUAAAGGAAUUUUCUGAAUGACUCGAGGGGCUCUAGGCAGAGGUGUAAUAAUGUUUUCUUCAUUCUUUCCUGUCAACCUCUGCGGAAUGGUUUCUUCCAGGCCAUGUUUAAUUCAGAAGGCUGUGCAUUAGCCGUGUAGUGCAUCUUUGGGCGGAUGCUUGUGUUUUCCCCCGUCCUGAUUAAUCCAGUUAUAUCAAGACCGUAAAACGCAACAUCUGAAAACUGCAGACAGGAGCACACCAAACGCCCACAGCUCAACUUCAGCCUCUCGCAUUAGCAUGACUCUUUCCAGAAGGAAAUCUAUUGUGUUGUCGACUAACUUGGCUAAAACAGAUUAAGUCGAUUAAUGCACAUCGUAGAUCGCCGUUUGAGAGAAACGCAAGUGAUGUGCCUUUGAGUGCUGGAUUAUUUGGAUGGAUCCCGGCGGGGGAGCGAUAAGCCAGGCGGCAUAUGCUGCCAGGUUCAGCGGAGUCCACAGUCUUGAAAAGAUGCCAGCUGUGAAAAAAGGUCAAGGGACGAAGCGCUCUCGCCGUAUGUUCGGCAGCAAGAUUAGGCCACUUGCUUCACCGUGUCCUAACUAGAGUGGGUCAGCAGUUUAUUUCCAAGCCUCUCGCACAAACCAACCGUUUUUUUUAUUUUAUUUUGACGACAAACAAAGACAGUUUGUGGGUAACCAUAACAGUGUGUGUCCAGAUGUGGAUUCAUUUGUCCUCGGAUGUCGGGCGAGUGCGUGUUUUGCAUAAUAGCAUUCAGCCUGUAUGGAUGCUUCGGCGGUGCUUUGAAUUACUUUGAGCCGUGACUCAUUCAUCCUUGGUUUCACAGCAUCGAGGCUUCGGUGGAGGAAGGUUAGACUGAUAAUGACAAAGGAGCAACACACUCACCCAUGCGACACUACCGAGAGAGAACUCCAUAUCCAGCAAAGCAGAUAUAGCAUGAGUAAUUUGGAGAUUAUGCUAUCUGGACCCAGUGACUGUAAAGGCAGUAGUUACUGUAGCCAACAGUGUUCACCCACGCUGCAGACUUGCAAGGCUGUUAAUUUCCCCCCGCUCCCUCCCUAAAGCUCUUCAAGUUGCAUCACUGCACUGAAAAAUAAGGAUGGCGAAGCUACUUUUCUGAGAGCUGCUCAGGCCUUGAAAUGUUCAAACUGAUAACUCAGACGAAAUGAAGAUGCCGAAAGAGAAAAAGGGAAGCUUAAUUUGUCAGUGCAUAGUGUUAUUAAGGUAUUAACGUCACCUGUUUAGUCGGAACUGGAGUCAAUGUCAGGCAGAUUGAUGCUUUCAGAGAGACCUGUGAUGUGUUGUGAGGUACUAUACCGAAGUGAUGGAUGAGAACAAUCGAUUCGUUUAAGACUCAAGAAGACAAAUGCUGCCAAAUCAAGUUUUCGCAACUCUUAGUAUUAGUGUUAUAACAGUAUUUUUGUUUACUGAAUGUUGCUAUAGAAUAUUAGUAUUGAAGAUUAGAUAGUCAUGCCAUGUUCUCAUUUGCACAAUCCCAAGGCUACAUAAGAACUAAUUAGUGAAAUCAGAAAUAUGUCUAGGUUGCAUUUUCUUACAGAAUCAAAACAGAUAGAUAUAAACAUGUUGGUUUAAGACCAAUAUACAAUAUAUCUAUUAACAAUUACUUUAUUUGAUUGGACAAAUCACAUCUUUGACCCAUAUAUAUAUUUAUAUAAACUGCUGUCAACGUUUGAACUGGGUUAAAAAAUGGUUUUCAAAGUUAAGACAAAGUAUGGUUGUUAUUUAGUCAAGAUUAAGGCCCAAUCCCAAUUCUAGGCCCUUGGCCCUCUCCCUUCCCCUACCCCUCAAUUUGUGUGUCACGUGAAGGGGUUGCAGUGUCCCAAUUCUUUUUUAGCUUGAAGGCGUAGGCCCAAGGGGGAGGGCUAAAUAGCCCUUGAAACUGAGAUUUUUCGGGACCACUCUUGAAAUCAAUGGGUAUUCCAGAAUACACAAGCUACAUUGACAGCUUGGCUGCACACGGAAGUAAGAAGAUGCACAAUUUAGUAUUUUUCAAAUUUUUACACAUUUUUUACAACAAACAAACAUAUGUUUUAAUAUAGUCACAUGUGUUUUACUGCCAUGCUUUAAAAAACGCUAAAAAAAUGAUAAAUUUCACUAUCAGUAAUCCAUAGUAAUAACUCCUGUAUAGUCGUCCCACAACAUACUUCACAUCCAACACUCGAUGACACACGAAUACCCUGUCAGUAAAGUCUAUUGGCUGGGAAUGCCCUUUUUACAGUGUCUGCUAUAAUGUUAAUGUUGUUUUCGUGUGUUUACAUAGAUGAAUAUGGCCAUGGUAGUAAUACACAGCACAUUUACGAGCUUAUUGCCAUAUUAGAUCGUUAUGAAAACAUGUUAUCAUUACCUUCUGUGAUUUUCUGAAGAUAAAUGCCAAAAAAUAACACAACUGGAUUAA